UACGCUCUUCCUUUUUCUCUCUCUCUCUCUCUCCAUCUGCGUAAGAUGGGAAACUGUUUCUCUGUCUCCAUUCCAUGUGAUCAAUGCAUGAGCAACAUCUUUAAUACGGUAGACGUCAACGAGGGUUAUAUUCGUAAUCUCCCCGAGAAUCUUGCGUCUCUGCAGACAACAAUAGAAGAGCUCAAGGCAAGACGAGAUGACUUCUUAAGAAGGAUCACAAGGGAGGAGAAUAGAGGUCUGCAGAGGCUAGCCGAAAUUCAGGUAUGGCUUGAUAGAGUUGAGGCUAUCGAAAACAGAGUCAACGAUGUUCUCAGUGCUAGGAAUGCUGAGCUUCAAAGCUUGUGUGUUUGUGGGUAUUGCUCUAAGACAUUAAGACAAAGCUAUCGUUAUGGAAAAAGUGUUGUCUUGAUUUUGAGGGAGGUUGAGACUCUCAAACGUAGUGGCCAUUUCGAAGUGAUUGCCGAGCAACCUCAAGUACCUAUGGUGGAGGAAAAACCUACUCAACCAAUGAUUAUUGGUCGAGAAAGAACAUUUGAAAAGGCAUGGAAUCAUCUUAUGAAAGAUGAAGUUGGUAUUAUGGGUCUCCAUGGUAUGGGUGGAGUAGGAAAAACAACUCUUCUCAAACAGCUCAACAACAGGUUUAGUGAUGAAAGGCAUGGCUUUGAGUUUGUGAUUUGGGUUGUUGUGUCUAAAGAGUUAGAGAUAGACAAGAUUAUAGAUGAAAUCGCUGAGAAAGUUCGUCUUGGUGGAGAGGAGUGGAAACAAAAAGAGAAGAGACAGAAGGCUGAUGUUUUAUACAAUUUCUUAAGGAAAAGGAGAUUUGUCUUGUUUCUGGAUGAUCUAUGGGAGAAGGUGGAUUUAGCUGAGAUUGGAAUCCCGAUUCCAACUACUCAAAAUCGAUGCAAAGUAGCAUUCACCACUCGUUCCCAGGAAGUUUGUGCGCGCAUGGGGGUUGAAAACCCAAUGGAAAUCAAAUGCUUGGAGGAAAAUGACGCAUUUGGUUUCUUCCAAAAGAAGGUUGGACAAACAACACUAGGAAGCGAUCCGGAGAUCCCAAAACUUGCACGAGUAGUUGCUAGAAAAUGUCGUGGCUUGCCAUUGGCGCUUGAUGUCGUAGGCGAGACAAUGUCAUGCAAAAGGACGAAGCAGGAAUGGCUUCAUGCGAUAGAUGUUUUGACUUCAUAUGCCACAGAGUUUUCUGGCAUGGAAGAUAAGAUCCUUCCGCUUUUAAAGUAUAGCUACGAUAAUCUCAAGGCUAACCAUGUCAAAUCGUGUUUUCUAUACUGCGCUUUAUUUCCAGAAGAUUAUAAGAUACCUAAAGAAAAAUUGAUAGGCUACUGGAUAUCCGAAGGGAUAAUCGAUGGAAGUAAAGGUAUAGAAAGGGCGGAGAACAUGGGUUAUGAGAUCAUCGGUAGUCUUGUUCGUGCAUCAUUGUUGAUGGAGGAUGUUGAUUGGCACGCAAUGGAUAUUGUAUAUAUGCAUGAUGUCGUUCAUGAAAUGGCCUUGUGGAUCGCAUCUUACCAACAAAAAGAUGCUUUCGUUGUGCAUCCAUUGUUCUAUGGAAUGCCAAAGGUUAAGAACUGGAGCGCUGUGAGAAGGAUGUCAUUGAUGGGUAAUAAGGCUCAGAGUUUCUUUGGCAGUCCUGAAUGUCCACAACUCACAACUUUGCUCCUGCAACAAGGGAAGUUAGCAAAGUUCCCGAGUGGGUUCUUCAAGUUGAUGCCAAGCCUACUUGUAUUGGAUCUUUCAGAUAAUCCAAAGCUCUCUGAAGCACCGGAUGGAAUAUCGAAGGUAGGUUCAUUGAAAUAUCUCAACUUGUCCUAUACUCCUAUAAGUGAUUUGCCUAAGGAUCUACAAGAGUUUGAAAAGCUUAUUCACUUGGAUAUAUCGGAAACACGACAACUUUUGAGUAUCUCUGGGAUAUCAAGUCUAUAUAAUUUGAAAGUGUUGAACUUAUAUCGUUCCGGGUUUUCAUGGGAUCUCGAUACAGUGGAGGAGUUGGAGGCCUUGGAACAUUUAGAGGUUCUAACGGCAUCAGUCAGUGUUCGUCCGCGCGUGGAGCAAUUUCUGAGCUCUCAAAAACUGACUAGUUGUACAAGAUCGCUAGACAUCUGGAAUACCAAUCAAGAACCAUACGAAAUAGCACUUCCGGUAACUAUGGAGAAGCUUCGUGUUUUCUGCAUUGAAAGCUGCACUAUAUCUGAGAUAAAAAUGGGAAGGAUAUGCACGAAAAGCAAGACGGUUUCUCCUCUGCACAACCCGACUACUCCAUGCUUCUCCAGUCUAUCCAAAGUGUAUAUAUUGGCUUGUAACUGCUUGAGGGAAUUGACGUUGCUGAUGUUCGCUCCAUCUCUUAAAAGUCUUGUUGUUAGAUAUGCAAACAAACUUGAAGAUGUAAUAAACAAUGAGAAAGCUUGUGAAGGUGAAAAGUCAGGGAUAGUUCCUUUUCCAAACCUGAAUCGUCUUGUGUUGGAUAGUCUGCCGAAGCUGAAGAAUAUCCACUGGAGUCCUCUGCCCUUUCCAUGCCUAAUGAGAAUCGAUGUAUUCCGAUGUCCAAAUCUGAGAAAGCUUCCACUCGAUUCAAGAAGUGGCAUGCACGGUGAAAAUGCAUUCACAUUAAGAUACACUGAGAAGGAAUGGAUCGAUGGUGUGGAAUGGGAGGACGAAGCUACCAAAACCCGCUUCUUACUUUCAACACUACAGAUUGAUUACAGCCACAAGUUCUCUCUCAGGUAUCGAGUUCGAAGUUGAAAUGCUAUUUGGGUUUCUUCUAAAAGGAAACUCUCUCUCUCUCUGAAGUUUCUCUCUAUGUGUGUUGCUUUCCAUGAGUUAUUUUUCUGAUUUGCAUCAACAUUUAUAAUAUGGUUUGUGGUUGACUGGAAUGUCUAUAUUACGCUAACUGUAUUUUCUACCUUAAAGAACUUCUCAAAUGUGUUCACCGAAGAGAAGUCUUGGUAAGCUUAACAUUUCUUUUCA